UGGCUGUGGGCGGAGCGGCCUGAGGAGGCGGCGGUGGAGCAGGGGGCGGUUUGGUUGCGCGGUACUAGCGGUGCCCGCCGAAGGGGGAGGAGGCGAGGAGCAAGCCGUGCGGCCAGAGCGGGAAAGAGACUCGUCCUUGCGUCCGAGUUCUGGAGCUGCUGCACCCCGGCUCCUGGGGCUGCGGCAGCGGCUGCGAGGGGACGGGCGUCCGCUGUCUCCCGAGUUCCCCUAGUAGCGACCCGCGGGAUCAGAAAAGGAGAAGAUGGAGGAGGAGGGCGGCAGUGGCGGCGGCAGCGCCGCGGGGACCAGCGCGGAUAGCGGCGACGGGGGAGAGCAGCUCCUCACUGUCAAGCACGAGCUGCGGACGGCUAAUUUGACAGGACAUGCAGAGAAGGUGGGGAUAGAAAAUUUUGAACUUCUGAAGGUCCUAGGAACUGGAGCUUAUGGAAAAGUAUUUCUAGUUCGUAAAAUAAGUGGACAUGAUACUGGAAAGCUAUAUGCCAUGAAAGUUUUGAAAAAGGCAACAAUAGUUCAAAAGGCCAAAACCACAGAGCAUACAAGGACAGAACGGCAAGUCCUGGAGCACAUUAGGCAGUCGCCGUUUUUGGUGACAUUACAUUACGCUUUCCAGACAGAAACCAAACUUCAUCUCAUUUUAGAUUAUAUAAAUGGUGGAGAACUUUUUACUCAUCUUUCUCAAAGAGAACGUUUCACAGAGCAUGAGGUGCAGAUUUAUGUUGGAGAGAUUGUGCUUGCCCUCGAACAUCUCCACAAGUUGGGGAUUAUAUAUCGUGACAUUAAGCUUGAGAAUAUUCUACUUGAUUCUAAUGGCCAUGUGGUGCUGACAGAUUUUGGUCUGAGUAAGGAGUUUGUGGCUGAUGAAACUGAAAGAGCAUAUUCCUUUUGUGGAACUAUUGAAUACAUGGCACCAGAUAUUGUCCGAGGGGGAGAUUCAGGACAUGACAAGGCAGUUGACUGGUGGAGUUUAGGUGUUCUGAUGUAUGAAUUACUGACUGGAGCAUCUCCUUUCACUGUUGAUGGAGAAAAAAAUUCCCAAGCUGAGAUAUCUAGGAGAAUAUUAAAAAGUGAGCCUCCAUAUCCCCAAGAAAUGAGUGCUUUAGCUAAAGACCUAAUUCAGCGUCUUUUGAUGAAAGAUCCCAAGAAGAGACUGGGAUGUGGUCCACGUGAUGCAGAUGAAAUCAAAGAACAUCUCUUCUUUCAGAAAAUAAAUUGGGAUGAUUUAGCUGCCAAAAAAGUGCCUGCACCAUUUAAGCCAGUCAUUCGAGAUGAAUUAGAUGUGAGUAACUUUGCAGAAGAGUUCACAGAAAUGGAUCCCACUUAUUCUCCUGCAGCCCUGCCCCAGAGCUCUGAGAAGCUGUUUCAGGGCUAUUCCUUCGUUGCUCCUUCCAUCCUGUUCAAGCGUAAUGCAGCUGUCGUAGACCCUCUUCAGUUUCAUAUGGGAGUCGAACGUCCUGGAGUGACAAAUGUCGCCAGGAGUGCAAUGAUGAAGGACUCUCCAUUCUAUCAACACUAUGACCUAGAUUUGAAGGACAAACCAUUAGGAGAAGGUAGUUUUUCGAUUUGUCGAAAGUGUGUGCAUAAAAAAAGUAACCAAGCUUUUGCAGUCAAAAUAAUCAGCAAAAGGAUGGAAGCCAAUACUCAGAAAGAAAUAACAGCUCUGAAACUCUGUGAAGGACACCCCAAUAUUGUGAAGUUGCAUGAAGUUUUUCAUGAUCAGCUUCACACAUUUCUAGUGAUGGAACUUCUGAAUGGGGGAGAAUUGUUUGAACGCAUUAAGAAAAAGAAGCACUUCAGUGAGACGGAAGCUAGCUACAUCAUGAGGAAGCUUGUUUCUGCUGUAAGCCACAUGCAUGAUGUUGGAGUGGUGCACAGAGAUUUGAAACCUGAGAAUUUAUUGUUCACUGAUGAAAAUGACAAUUUGGAAAUUAAGAUAAUUGACUUUGGGUUUGCACGGCUAAAGCCGCCAGAUAAUCAGCCCCUGAAAACUCCAUGCUUCACCCUUCAUUAUGCGGCCCCAGAGCUCUUGAAUCAGAACGGCUACGAUGAGUCCUGUGACCUGUGGAGCUUGGGCGUCAUUUUGUACACAAUGUUGUCAGGACAGGUUCCCUUCCAAUCUCAUGACCGAAGUUUGACAUGUACCAGCGCAGUGGAAAUCAUGAAGAAAAUUAAAAAGGGAGACUUCUCCUUUGAAGGAGAAGCCUGGAAGAAUGUAUCCCAAGAGGCUAAAGAUUUGAUCCAAGGACUUCUUACAGUUGAUCCAAACAAAAGGCUUAAAAUGUCUGGCUUGAGGUACAAUGAAUGGCUUCAAGAUGGCAGCCAGCUGUCCUCAAAUCCUCUGAUGACUCCGGAUAUUCUGGGAUCUUCAGGAGCUGCCGUGCAUACCUGCGUGAAAGCAACCUUCCACGCCUUUAACAAAUACAAAAGAGAGGGAUUUUGCCUUCAGAAUGUCGAUAAGGCCCCUUUGGCUAAGAGAAGAAAAAUGAAAAAGACUAGCACCAGUACGGAGACGCGCAGCAGUUCCAGUGAGAGUUCCCAUUCUUCUUCCUCUCAUUCUCAUGGUAAAACUACACCCACCAAGACUCUGCAGCCCAGCAAUCCUGCCGACAGCAAUAACCCAGAGACCCUCUUCCAGUUCUCGGACUGAGUAGCUUAGGCAUGGUAGGAGUGUGACAGUGAUCCAUUGCACCUUGUUUCCCUCAGCAUAUGCCUGAGGCCAUGUUUUAUGCUUUUAAAAAUGUUUCCCGUUGGUCUCAUUGGAAUCUGCCUCCUAAUGGUUUUUUUCAGAAAAACCUGUUUGGUUAUCCUCAUCCAAAAGCACUGGACAGAGAAUGUUACUGUGAAUAGAGCACAUGUUACUCUUUUUAGCAACCUAGCAUGAUGCCAACAAGACUAUUCAUGAAAGAGCAAAGGUUCCUGUAAAUUUAAUUAGGGUUAGAUUUGAGCUGCUUGCAGAACAAGUCACAGGUUUUCCGGGUGUCUGCCAACAAGAAAUGACUCAUACUGUGAUGAUGCCUUUUGCUUUGCCUUGUGGACAAUGUGGGUUUUUGAAAUUUGCACCCUUCAAAUGGUGAUUUAUCAGAGAAAGGGGUCUGUUUUCAAAAAAAGAUUCUGUAACGAAUUUUAUGUGUGGCAUAUACUUAUUUCUGGAGAGAAGAUUUUAACUUAUUGUUUUUAUUUUAUGGUUACAUAUGAUGAUAACCUGCUAUUAUUAAUGUUUUUCCAAAAAGUUAAAAAAAAAAAAAAAGAUAUAAGAACUCAAGGUCCCAUACUCUGUGGGAUCCAUCUGAGAUGCAUGCUAAGCUAUGUGUAUGUUUUUAAUUUUGCACUGCUCUUUCCUGGCAAUUUGUUUUAAUGGUUAUUGCAGAAUAUUAAGGUACAUGUCUCUCUGUUUUAGGUAACAUUGCACUUUAUUAAAAAGUAUGAAUAAAGCAAACUAUUUUAUAAAGUGCACCGUUUAAAGCAUUUGCACUGUAUUUUUGCCAUUUAUUUUCAUUUUCUACUUUAAAUUUGUCCUCACAUCCCUCUUCUACUUUGUAUGCAACAAGUAGAAUGGGGCAUGUUGUGUAAUGUUGUAGUCAGCCACGUGUGCACCAAUGUGAGGAAAACCUGAAGGGAAAUUCUACUGAACACUGUGCUUCAUGUUUGUACACUGUGCUGUGCUACAGUGAGGAAUUUCCUCCUGUAGUCAUAUAUUAUGUACAUAAUAUUUUAAAAUCAUACCUACGACUUGGCUGGAAAUUUUUCUGUUAAAUUUUAAAUCUAGAAAGCAUAUUUUAUAAACUUCUGCAGAGCACUUUUAUUGCUCAAAAGUUCUGAAUUCAUACAGAAAACAAGUACUAUGUGAUGAAAACAUUUCAUUGAAAGAUUGCUGCAUUUAAAAAGAUAAUUGAUUCGUUCCCUAUGCAAAAAAAGAAGUGAUAGGAUUUGUAUGUUAUAUUUCCUUUUAAAGCCAUCAUGUGAAAUGUCAGGACUGAGAAAAGUGAUUUUUGCUAUGUUUACAGGAAUCAUGCUUAAAAAGAUAAUGCCCAACAUGUUUAUUUUAUAGUGUUUGUUAAUGAUAACCUUUUGAGCAUUAGUUUGGAAUUUGGACAUGAUAUUUAUUUAUUCCUUUCUUGAGGUAAUAGCAGCAUUAAUUUCAACCCGUUAUGAAUACUAAAAAUAUUGCACUCUAUGUAAUGGUAGUAUAUUUAUUACUAAAUCAAUGUAUAUAGUAAUAGCACAGGCAAAAAAAAUGGCAAAUAUUAAAAAUUUUUUCAAGAUAU